AUGGGUGAUUCAAAGCGAUCAGUUAAAAAUAAGGCACAAGUUGAGGGAUCAAUUUGUGCACAUUAUAUACAUCGCGAAACAUCACAUUUUUGCUCUCAUUAUUUCAAUCACAUGAUGUUGUCUCCAAGAAUCAUAAGGAAUGAAGUUAACUUCAGUGAAAGAAGUCAAUUUACCUUAUCAGUUUUCGGUCGUCCAGGCCGUCCCGCAGGGAAGAAGAGUGAGCAUUGGCUUUCACAAAAAGAAAUGCAAUCUGCUCAUGUUCAUGUGCUGAUUAACUGCGUUGAAGUUAAACCAUAUCUUGAGGCAUUUGGUACCUACUAUUAUCAAAGCACAGGCGAACAACCAUCGACUGGUUACACACAUGCCUAUUUUCCAACAUGGUUUAAGCAGCAAUUAUCAUGUAUUGUUACACUAAGUCCUGACUUAAUACAUUUGCGAAAUUUGUCUGAAGGCCCUAGUCAACGUGUAAAUGAAUGGCACACAUAUUUUGUAAACGGUUACAAAUUUCACACUGAGGAAUGGAGUGUAGGGAAGAAAACCGUAAACAGUGGUGUAGUCGUAAAAGGAGUUACAGAGGGUGGUGAGGACGACUUCUAUGGGGUUAUCACACAUAUUUACGAGUUGGUUUAUAAUUAUAUGGACUCGGAAAAUAAAGUUGUCUUAUUUUAUUGUGAUUGGUAUGAUCCAUCUUCUAGAGGAACAAAAAUUGAUAAAAAGUAUAACACUGUUGAGAUUCGAAGAGAUAGAGAGUACAAAGAGUAUGACCCUUUCAUUAUGGCACAUAAUGUUAGGCAAGUUUAUUAUGUACCUUAUCCUUCAAUUACCCCACGGAAACGAGAAUGGUGUGUUGUAAUCAAGUCCAACCCAAUGGGUCACAUUGAGACUGAUGAGUUAAUGGAAGAUGUUGCAUACCAACAUGAUGAGAUUUCACCUGUUAAUGAGGUAAUUGAAACUGAGGAGAUUGUAAGUUUGUGUGAUACUGCAGUUGAGGGUCAACAAAUUGACGCAAGUAUCUUGUUGUCAACAAAUCCUAUUGAAGAAGAGCAUGAAGAGCUAGGAGAGUCUGAAGACAAUAAUAUCAGAUGCGAUGAAGACAAUGAAGAUUAUGAUGAUGAAUGA